GUUUUUUCUGUUCUGAUCAGAACUUCGUCAUUUUAACGAACAGGACAGUUAGUGAGUGAAUCGAUGAUAUACUGUAAAUCCUGUUUCUAUUUUCACACCUGUUACCUGUUCACAGGUGAGAGGGCAGGAGGGGGAGGGGCUUAAGAUGGUCCCUAAACGACAGAUUCAACUCAAGAGGAAAAAAGACACCCACAACGAAAAGCACCAGGUUCAAAUCUUAGACAUCUGCUCACCUGUCUGCUCACCUGUCUGUCCACCUGUCUGCUCACCUGUCUGCUCACCUGUCUGCUCACCUGUCUGUCCACCUGUCUGCCCACCUGUCUGUCCACCUGUCUGCUCACCUGUCUGCUCACCUGUCUGCUCACCUGUCUGCUCACCUGUCUGCUCACCUGUCUGCUCACCUGUCUGUCCACCUGUCUGCCCACCUGUCUGUCCACCUGUCUGCUCACCUGUCUGUCCACCUGUCUGCUCACCUGUCUGCCCACCUGUCUGUCCACCUGUCUGCUCACCUGUCUGCUCACCUGUCUGCUCACCUGUCUGGUUCUCAGGUGUACCUGUCUUUAUUGUUGAGUCUUGCACAGUAACCUUUUGUUUACCUGUCCAGGUGAAACUUAACAACACGCCUACUGAAGGAGGCGGGGCUAUCAGUGAGGUGCAUCAUGGUCCUGACUUGUUAAGACGCCAGCACAGUUUACCCGCCUCCCUCCACACGACCAGCAGCGAUGUCAUCAGCUAUGGGGUCUACAAGGGCCUCGUGGCAGGGGUCCAAGGUAAGAACACCUGUGGAAGAGCUCACCUUUGACUUUUGAUGGACAGGUGACAGGUAUGACCACUUCCUGUCUACAGUCUGAACAGGUGUGUCCUUACCUGGUCUACCUGCAGGGCUGGACGUCGGGGGGACCUCAAGGCAGCGUCUGCAGAAGUCCUUCUCAUUGGAUGAAACUAAAACCAAGAUGGCGACCUGCAUCAUCAAGAGCAUCCUGUCCAAGAAGAUGCAGGUGGAGAAAAACACCUGUCCGAAGAAACCUGCAAAAUUACCCACAAUCCCUUGCUCUGUGGAGCAGGAGGGGGUGGGGGAAGCAGGAGGUAAGAAGGAUGGAGGCGUGUCUAAAGGUCCGGUCCACGUGGUCCGAGACAUGAGGAAACUGGUCAAAGACCCCUACAACCUGACCUUCGGCACACCUGGGGGCAACAAACCAACAAGCUUCAAGGUGAUUGGUCAGGAGGAGAGCCCCCCACCCACUUACCAGCAGGCAGUGGGGGUCAAAGGUCACAGUGAUACAAAGAGAGGCAGCAUGUCCUGCAGAGGUCAUGUGGCCAAAGUUGCUGCUUCCCUCAGCCAAUCACAGAACAGGAAUCAGAGUGAAGUAUGUAGUCAUCCAAUCACACAACAGAGACGAGGCAGCGAGCCAAUCAUCAGCAGGAGCUGGAAAAAUGAUGUCACUAGAUUAGCCCCUCCCACCAACCCACCAAUCAGGAGUGGACCAACAGAGCUCAGCCAAUCAGGGAAGGCCGAGGUUGGGCGCCAUCACACAGAAGCUCCUCCCCCUCCAUUCUCUUUUCCUGGCCCCGCCCCCAUCCUGCCCCAAACCCCCCCCUCUGCCCAGGACCAGGCCUCCAUCUUAGACCUGUCCUCCCAGUUUGUCCCCCAGUCCACCCAGCAGAUCUUUAAACCCUGUUUCUACCCAGCCCCCCUCCUACCUGUGUACCCACCCCUCUUGUACCCACACCUGGGGAAGGUCAGCUACUUGAACCCCCGCCUGAGCCUUACCCAGACUCCCUUGCAGCAUCCCUCACACCAGCUGGGUCUGAGAACUGAGGAGACCAGCUUACCUGACACCACCUCAGACCACCUCAGCAUACCUGAGCACACCUGGACCUCAGAGGUAAGGGGGGGCAGCGUGGUGACCGCUGCAGACCAGGAACAACAGGAGCAACACGGGCAACAGCAACACCAGAGACAGCAACUUCAGAGACAGCAACUCCAGCAACCGCAGUAUUUCUACAGCCUUCAGGGACUCUUACCUGCUCAGGUGGGAGGGGACUUUGUUGUUGAUGUCACAGGGUCUACAACCGCAGGGGCGCUCCUCAGUGGCCCCGCCCCCUGUAACAUUUUGUUUGACCCUAGAUCUGGGCGGUGCUUCUAUGUGGACCCGCCCCCUACAGCUCAGAGAAAGAUGCUGUUGGAUCCAGAGACCGGUCAGUAUGUCCAUGUCCUCCUUCCUGCAGCAAGCUCCGCCCCCAUCUCCAGCAUAUUCCCUGUGCACAGUGCAAACCCCACCCCCAUUCUUGUUAACCCCGCCCAUUCUGCAUUAAACUCCGCCCCCACUGUUGUGUCAGUGAUGCAGUUACAGCCGACAGUAGCUGUGUCCUCAUGUUCCCGCCCCCCCGUCCACCUUCACAUGCCAUCGAUGAACUCGCCAUGAUGUCAUCACAGUCACAUGUCUGAUGACAUCACAGACACUUCUUUGUUUACACGUUGUCACAGCUAGCCUGAUGCUAAUAGACCAGUAUGAUAUUUCAGUGAUACACGGGCGAAUGUGGCGGUUCUCGUAGAUGCUAACUCGUACAAGGGUGACCAGAUUUUGACGACCUGAAACCCGGACACAACCAGGACCAGCGAUGUGAAACUCAAAGAUUAUAAUUAAUAAAAAAAGGUUUUAAUGCAUUUAAAGUACGCCCCCUCUGUAUGAUAGAACAUUUUAAUAUAAUAUCUAUAACAGAAGACACAAAUUCAGAUGGACUUCUCAGUUUAUUUAAGUUUUAAAAAAUAAUAAAUGAAAUAAAUGUAGAAAUUAUGUAUCUAACAGGAUAAAUGCAGAACUCAAAAAUACCUCUGCUAUAUCAGCAACUCUCACAAACGUACAAGAACUAAGAAAAAAUCUUCAGUUUUUCUCCAUCCUGACGGACCAAUGAGUGGAAACCGGGACAUUUUCAUCACUUUAUAAAAAACAGCAGAACAGCCGUAAAACAGGAAAACGCCCCUGACCCUAACCCACCAGCUGAGCUUAAGUGACGCUAACUUCACCAAAUACAUGGAAGCACCGAGCAGAACUUGAAUUCAGGUUUUUAUUAACUUUACAAUUUAUGGGACAGAAACUGAAAACACACACGGAUUAAAGUCUGUUUGUAAAUGCUAACACCGGCUCACGUUUUUGUUGAAUUUUCACACUUUUGUCACCAAACUCCUAAAAAAAUAUAUUUUUUCUUGGUGUUAAAAAACCCAAACAAUAAAAACCAGGAUGGUAAUGAUGAGCGAGUUCAGUCAAUAUUUCCACUAAAAGACCCGAAACUCUAAAAAUUAAAUCUGAUAAUUCGAAUUUAUUAAACUGAUCAAACCAGACUUGAUUUUCUUAAUGGAACUCAACUUAACCUAAGUUAACUAAAGUUCAGUUAAAUCAAGUUAACUGCUUUUAACUAAAAUUAACUUGGUCACCUAAAGUCAGAAUAAAUAUGUGAACAAAGUUUAUCGGACUCUAAUUCCUCGUAUGUGUCUUUUUCUGAUUCUGAAUCAACUAAACUUGUUAACCGAACUAAACUGAAGUUCACUAAAUUUAAGUUAACCAAAGUUCAUGGAACCAAACCAAGCUUAGGGAAACUUCACAUCAUUUUUUGGCACUUUUUUUUCGUCACAAAGUUUUUGCACUUAAGAAAUAAAAACACUUUGUUUUUUUUCUGUUUUAUUAAUUUUUUUAUGUUACAAGUAGAACUGUUUUAUUUUUGACAUUAGAAAUAAAAAAACAAAAUAAACCCUCCUUUGUUUCCUGAGUUCAUAAACGUGUGGCAAUUUUCAGCAGUUAGUCUGAUUUAUGGCUGAAAUACCAUCAGGUUUCCAUGGUGACAGUGAGAAAACUGCUCGAUUUAGUUGCUCUGGGUGGAAAUACAACUGAGUGACAGCUGUGAUCAUUUCACUGGAGAGGGGCCGAACCCAGAGAACGACAAUAAACCUCCAUCUUCAGGAAGAAUUCAAAUAAAUCCAGUUAAUCAUGUGACCAUGUGACCAAAAAUGAUUGAAGGUCUCCAGGUGAAACGCCGCAUCAGCAUUAAAGCUCUUUCUUUUGGUCUCCGGUGAAAAUUCUGAUCAGGCAGCAGUUUAGUGUUUGAACCAAAGACUGUCUAUAUAUGGACGACUUGGCUCCGCCUCCCAUCACUGUACGAAUUUGAAGCCAAAUUUCUCUCGUUAUUUCCAGGAUUUUCUCCACUUCCUGAAACCAACACUGUUCAGUAGUGUUUUUAAGGGUUAGGAGAGUCGCCAAGAGUCGCUGUGAUGACACUCGGCUCAAACAGCGUAUCCCCCGGUGAUCUACACAAUCUCUGUCCUCCCAUUGGCUGUAUCAGGUGUCAAUCAUAGCAAACAUGAACCCCCUAAUAACUUUUAAAAAUGGAGCUGUACAGAAAAAAGAGGACUUGAGCACAAACCAGUCUGACAGUAACUACAUGUCAACAUCACAACCAGGGGGGAGAAACAUUUAUAUUCUGUGUCAUUCAUUUAUAAAGUUUGUCCACAGCUCCAUAAGGAGGCGGGGUUUAGGACCUAUACUGCAGCCUGUCACCAGAGGGCGCUGUUCUCAGAGAGGAGGCAGACGGCGUCCAUCUUAGAAACAGUCUACGGUUUAAGAUACAGAAUUGUUUUUUUUUCUUCAUCAUUAAUGUUGAUUGACAUCAGAUUCAUCAUAUCAAUAAAUAAUAACGGGUCAAUAUUUACAUCUUAUUUAUGUUCUUGUAAACGUUCACUUUAGACAGCAGCCUCUUUUUUCUGAGGGUCAGUGAACGCACCAUCAGGCCCUCAACACAUCGGAGAUCAAACCUCGCCACGACCUCUGAUGACAUCAUACCUUAGUGCUGGACUGAAUGAUGUCA